CCACUGCUGUUGGUUGUUGGUUACAUUGUAUCAGUUCCCACACGGUGAAGCACCGCGGCGCUCAUACACAAACGGUGAAUACGGAGGAAUUAACCCGGAUGGGUGGCUGUUCGCUCUGGGAUUAAUCGGCAGAAGAUCGCGGAAAAAGACCGGAUUUGAGACUGCACCGAUAAAAUGCGCUGCGGACUCGGCUGUUGUCGUUGUGGACGGCAUCUCGAAGUGUGAAAGCAGGAGUCCAGUGAAUCGCUGGCCUCCCUCCUCUUCUGCUGGAUGUCUUGGGGAGUGCGCUGCCACUGCUUUCUGGUGUUUCACAUUUUUUAGAGGCUUUAUUGUAAUUCAAGCCGUUCUUCUGACUUGUUCUCUUUAUGGAGUGCUCGCCGCCAUGGCUAGACCCGGGUUUGGAAUAAGAUUGGCUAGCUAAGUCGGACAAAAUGUGGUUAAAUGGGACAGGAACGUUCAGACCGUGAGGAUUCUCUUACCCUUGCCCCUGAGUCCCAACCGUGUGAGAGGGUGUUGGACCUCACUGAGGCAAUCCUGGGCCGUUGGCACUAAAAUGUCCCUAAGUGGUGGCACUGCAGGCGGGAAAGGUGUGGACUCUAAUGCGGUGGACACUUACGACAGCGGGGAUGAGUGGGAUAUCGGUGUUGGAAAUCUGAUUAUUGACCUUGACGCUGACUUAGAGAAGGACAAACUUGAGAUGUCUGGCACCAAGGACGGCAUGGCAGCACCACCCAGUGCAGUGGCGGCACUGCCCGACAACAUCAGGUUUGUUAGUCCAGUGUCUGGCUCUCAAGGCAAGGAAAGCAAAUCCAAGUACAAGCGCAGUAAGAACUCUAAAGACAAUAGUAGCAAAGCUUCAGCAGGAGACGGGGGCAAAAAAGAAAAUACAGGACGGACUCAAGGGGAGCCGACAGGCACAGCAGUGAACACAGGAGCUGCUGGAAACAACUCCACCUCUGGGAAGAACAUGGAAAAAGGGGGCAAAGCCUCCAGAGGUGUUCUGAGUAGUAAAAAAGAUAAAGAAGGGGCCAGUGGGAAAAGUAAGAAGGACAAAACAGAUGGAACCACAGUGGUGGCAAUAGCUGCCGCCGAGAAGGAUGUCGUGUCUCAAGCCCAAGUAGCUUUGGGGAAUAGUCGUAACACGUCCUUCGAGAACUCUCAAUCAACAGACUUGGCAGAAGCCAAUCAAAUGGGGAAUAUUGCACUUGAACCUGUUGGGAUAGUACCAGCAUUGACAACAAAAACUGAGCCUGAGGAGGUGGAAAAUGGAAACAAUGAAUGCAAGACAUUAAAGAAGGUGAAAAAUGAAAAGAUGGAAUCUCCUGUCUCCACACCAGCCCCUCCCCCCCUCCACCUCCUGGCUGCCGUUGGCAACAGUGAGAUUGCAUCGUCAUGUGAGCAGAUAAUGGUGCGUACACGCUCUGUGGCAGUGAACACAUCUGACGUGGCCCUGGCAACAGAACCAGAGUGCUUGGGCCCCUGCGAACCUGGUACCAGUGUCAAUCUUGAAGGCAUUGUAUGGCAAGAAACUGAAGAUGGCAUGUUGGUGGUCAAUGUUACUUGGAGAAACAAGACGUAUGUUGGCACCCUGUUGGACUGCACUAGGCAUGACUGGGCUCCCCCCAGGUUUUGUGAAUCCCCAACAAGUGAUCUGGAGAUGAGGAAUGGACGUGGGCGGGGUAAACGAAUGAGGCCUAAUAGCAACACUCCUAUCAAUGACAACAGCAACUCAUCAGACAACAAGGGCACCAACAACAACAAAACGCGUGCUGCCUCUAAUAGCAAAGGCCGGAGGGGCAGUCAGACGCCAUCAGAGCGCCGCACCCCACCCAACAGCAACACUGAGGACAUCAAGGCCAGUCCAUCAUCAGCUGGAAAACGCAAGACCAAACCGGCAUCUGACAUGGAACCUAAUUCGAGCUCAGAGGACACCAAAGGUAACAAACGUAUGCGGACAAACUCCAACAGUGGAGUCGUGGGCUCGGCCAGUGUUUCCAUCACAUCUGUUAAAAGUGAGCCACUUCCACCCCCCCUUGAUCGCAGCUGCCCCUCACCUGUUCUUAUUGACUGCCCGCACCCCAACUGCAACAAGAAGUACAAGCACAUCAACGGUCUCAAGUAUCACCAAGCUCGUGCUCACAAUGAUGAUGAUGUAAAGUUGGACUUGGAUGGAGACAGUGAAUACGGGGAGGACUCAACCCUCCACCCGGAACCAGGAAACUGUAAUGGAGCAUCUAUCUCUCAGAAAGGAUGCUUGUCUCCAGCACGUUCAGUCACUCCAAAAGGCAGAAACUUUGAUGCCCAAAGCCCUUCACCCUCUCCUGGUAAGUUUGGUUCAAAGCAGAGCAAAAAGAAAACUGCUGAUGCCGAACCAGAAAUAGGAGUUACGCCAAUGGAUGGAUGCGAAGAUGGCCCGUGCCUCACUGAUGAGGCCAGUAAUGAUGGUAUAGACGAUAAGAGGGGAUCAGACAAGUCCAAAAAGGGUAGCACUGGUACAAAGUCAGAUAAAAUGGCGCAGAAAAACAUGAAGUCACCACGACCAAUUGGCCCUGCCUCUACAGCAUCCCAACAGAUGUAUGCUUUUCCUCCUGGGAACCCAAAUUUAUCCCCAGGGGUUACCCCAAUGAUACAAGGAAUCCCCAAGAGUCCCCAAAUGAAAGGCACGCAGCCUAAACCCCCUUCUAUUGGAGAUCCUGUCUCCAGUAGCUCCAAAGACAAGAAAAAGAAAGACAAGAAGAAAAAAGAUGGGGGAAAGGAAGCUGAGAGCCCGAAACCACCAGGAAAGGGAGGUAAACUGGAAGAAGGAAAGCUUUCUUAUCCUGAACCUUGUGACCAAGGAAAUAAGGGCGAUGGACUACUUAAUGGUUCCUCAGACCCUCAUCAGAGUCGCUUGGCAAGCAUCAAAGCUGAAGCUGAUAAAAUUUAUAGCUUUUCUGACAAUGCCCCAAGCCCUUCAAUUGGUGUCGCUAGUCGGAUCGAUGGCACUGGGAUGCCGCAACCUCUUACGCCACUUCACAUGGUGAACCAGAAUGGUGCUGACAACUCCUCAGUGAAAACCAAUAGCCCAGCAUAUUCAGAUAUCUCAGACGCUGGUGAGGAUGCUGAAGGGAAAUUAGAGGGUGUUAAAGUCAAGACGGAGGACCAAGCCAUCAGGGAAAGUGUCAAAAAGGCUCUCUUUCCAAACCAGACACCCAACAGAGACUCCCCAUAUUACGCUGGGUAUGAAACUUAUUAUUCCCCCAAUUACAUCAACCCCAGUCCAGGUGGGCCCACUUCAGGCACACCAGUGGCUGAAGGUCAGGUUAAGAUCAAAAGGGAUGAUGACCAAGAACAAGGUGAGGAAAAGGUGAAGGUUGAGGUUCAUGAAGACCGCAAACCUGACAGUGGGGCUCCUGGUCAGCAGCAGCAGCAACAGCAACCCUCAGUUAUCCAACAGCGAUCCAACAUGUACAUGCAACCCCUUUACUACAACCAGUAUGCCUAUGUUCCCCCAUACGCAUACCAUCCUGAUCAAGCCUAUCAUAACCACUUGAUGAACACAAACCCAGCCUACCGGCAACAGUAUGAGGAGCGGCAGCGACAGAUGGCUGAACAGCAUCGCACUGCUGACAAGAAGUCUGAUGUGGCAAUAAAAGAACGAGAAACCUCCAUGAAGGAGGAGUGGAAACAAAAAAGCCCAAUGCCACCCAGCCUCUCCAAAGCCCCGAGUCAGUCAGACAUUGGAAAGACACCACAGCCCCCAAGCAAAUCCAGGGACUCACCCUCUGAACCCUCUUCCAAAUCUAUGGGUAGCAUGAAAGGGGAGGACCCGAAGUCCCAACCUGAAGGACUGAAAAUGAAACUGACAGAUGGGGGCCAUCAUGGAAAGGAAGACUCCAAGCAAGCACUGGAGUCCAGAGGUCCGGCAGGGAUGGAGCAGGCCAUGUGGUACAGACAGCAGUAUCCUGAGAGCCAGAAGCCCCAGGCCGAAGAUGAGCACCAGCAACAACAGCCUCGAUGGAAAGAUGAAAGGGACAGAGAACGGGAACGUAAAUUAAAGGAUGACAGGCCAAGGCCCAAAGACAGUCAAGGUGGCCCUAAAGAGGAGGGCAAAGAAAGUACUGACCCCAGGAUCACCUCUGAGGACCACCGGGCCAUUAGCAAAGACUCUCGUUCCAAUCCCCACAUGCAGUUCUCAUCACCACUAACGCAGCACCAAGGUUACAUGCCCUACAUGCAUGGAUACCCCUAUGGACAAGGCUAUGACCCCAACCACCCUGGAUACAGGGGCAUUCCCUCAGUCAUGAUGCAGAACUACCCAGGUUCUUACCUGUCUGGAGGCUAUCCAUUUUCCCCUUAUGGUAGUAAGAUAGCCAGCAGUGAGGAAGGCAGCGACAAAUCUCGUGCUAGCCCUACUGUCACCAAAACAGCAACAGACUCCAAAGCCCUGGAUAUCCUGCAUCAGCACGCCAGCCAGUACAAGAGCAAAUCCCCCACAGUAGGUGACAAGCCCCCCCACGACAGGGAGAGGGAGCCAGAGAGAGGAGGACCAGGUGGAGAACGAGACCGGGAAAGGGAGCGUGAGAGGGAAAGAGACCGAGAUGUGGACCGGCCGCGCUCCUCCCCCUCCCAACGCAUUAUGCCCUCCCACCAUCACCUGGGAUACCCCCUGCUCUCAGGGCAAUAUGACCUGUCCUAUAGCACAGGGAAACCUGACCGUCACACCUCAACCCUGCAAAGAUUCAUGUGACUGGUUCACAUGAGAGGGAGAUCUCCUGGGCGUUACCUUUUAGACAUCAGUUGAAUGGUGUUUCUAUCUAUAUUUUUAGUGUUUCUGCCCCAAGGCUUGGCAGAUUGUCUCUUUUUGGUGUUUUUUUUUUGUUUGUUUGUUUUUUUUUUUUUUCAUUUUUCCCCCUCCCCCAGAUUCUCAAACCUUGAACUGUAACAGGACUGAUCUAAACCCAGGUUCAAAGCCAUCACUCUGCCCCAUUCCGCAGAGCAAACACCAACCCGCUGAAUAUCUAGUCUUUGCACUGUCAACAAAUACAAUGCAAAAACAGACUAUUGGACUGCCAGAACAGCUUUUUAUGUUUCUUGUUUUUUUUUUUCUCUCUUUCUUUGACUGCAUUGUUUUUUGUCACACGCAGAAAGAAAUUGGCAGGGGGAUUUUUUUGGAAAGUCAGGUGGCUGAUGGGAAAGGGGAGUCAAACUAAAUUAAAAAGACUGACAUAAAAGAGAUUCAUAUUAGAAAUGAUUGAAACUUUUAUGUCUUUGGUUUCCGGUAUGCCGUGAAACAUCAGUAUAUCCUUAACUUGACAAAUGUUUGGCUAUAUUUUGUGGGGAGAGGGAAUAUGGCAACAGCUGCUUUCUUCAGAGACUUAAGAGCCUGAGACUGAAGUUUUCAUAAAGUUUUUUUCUCAUCUUCAUUAAUUCCCCCACUCUCCUUUUCGAAAGCUCAGUUUCUUGUUUCAGGGAUGUCGUCAUCAUGGUUUGCAAAGGGACCGCAUACAUCUCAACGGAGAAUCAACACUUCAUGUUUUUUUUAGUUCAGUUCUCUACUUCAUAUCAUUGUAUUCAUCUUUGAAUGUGUCUGAUACUGGUUUUGGUGUGUUUUUGGCCUCCACUCAUCAUAGUUUAACACUAAACGGUGAAGCCACAUGAGCAUCAUUUUUGGGUUUAGUGGUUUCCUAUAAAUCUGUGCUCAGUUGAGCUCCUCAUGUUUUGUUUUAUCACAAUGUGAAAUUUCACUUGUGAUUUUCUGAUGUAAUAUAGACUUUCAGCCUCCAUUCUGUGCAUAAUAUAGUAUAUACCAGCAGGCAACUGUGUAUAAAAUGUCACUGUAUAAUUGCAUUCAGCUUUCACAGCUUUUAAUAUGAUGCAUGCUUUGGGUUGUUGCCCUUUUAUUGGCCUCUACAUGCUCAUUUUUCUCCUCCUUCUACAUAUAUAUUUUUUGAAUUAAUUGACUUCACUUGUGCAUCUCCAUAUUCAGGGUGCAAAAAGAAUGUCCGAAACCGCUGUGUUAAUUGUUUUUAUCAGUUUUAUCCAGUCAAAUUCUCAAAUUGAGCUUUGUUUGCUCAUGUGGCUUCACCGUGAAAUGAAAACACUCCUCUUAUGGCUCUAGCUCAUAAAUAUCUUGAUACCAGUUCAUAAAUGUUGCAUUUUUCCGAGUCAGUUUUCAGUUAUACCAAAAUAAAUAUAAUAACAUGUAAAUUUCAGAGACAUUUUACACACUGAAAGCAGUUUCAUAACAUCAAAAAAAUGCACCACAAUCUGAUCUUCAGCUCUUUAGGUUUUAUCUUUGAGUAUUUUUCCACUCCACAGCUUGACAGCAUAAGUAAUAGGACUGUGUUCACAUAAGACAACUAAUAAAAAUGUCUAAAAGCCAUGUGUGCGUCCUACAUUCCCUGAUGCUGAUGAGAUUUACUCUGUAGAUGCUGAAAUUUGGCAUCAAACAAUGACAUUUUUCAAUACCUGAUAAUAUGUAAGCAGUUCAGUCAGUGCCAUAGCCCAGCCCUGCCUUUGACAGAACAGUUUCUCAGCAGCGAAGUGUGUUCUUUAAUGUAAGCCUUUUGCAAAUGAAAUGUAAAAAAAAGACCCAUAAAUCAUGAUAAGCUGUUAUGACAGAUUGAACACAAAUUACUCUUGUGCAGAGAAAAGAGCUUACAAAAGCAGAGUAGAGUAUUGAAUGAGGGUGAAAUGGACAUUGAUCAGGCAAACUAAAGUGGCACCAAGAUGCCCCGUCACUGCACUGAUGAUGAUGAUGAUACCAGCGGACCGUAAUGGCUGCCGUUGUAACAAUCUGGCAUUUUGGCUUUAAAUUACCAUUCAGUUCGAUUAUACCAGGGCUGUAAAUCAAUCAAUUCCAUCUUCCUUGUUCAAAAACAAUGAUCGCUCUAAACUGAAUUUGAUGACAUUUGGCUCAGGAUUAAGAAUCGCUUUUGUUUGGUUUUAUUUUCCCUCCCUGUGCUGUUGUAGGUGUUUAACAUCAUUAAACCUAAUUUCAUGACCUGUGGUUUUACAAUCACUUCUAAUCCCAUCAUUUUACGUUUUUCUCAUUUCAUACUGAAUGUGAUAGUAAAACCACCUCAUCUGUUUACGCCAGUUUCCUGUGUUUUGCUAGAAACACUUCAUCAGACCGUGGCUCUUGAAUUUGAUGGGUUUCUUGGACAUUCCAAGUAAAAAUAAGUUGUCAGGUUCUCAUCCCACAAAGUUUGCAAGAUGGUGUACCUUUUGACUUCUGUGCAUCUUAAAGACGAAUGGAUGAAUGUGGUGGUGUUUGACUUGUACUUAAUCUUUAAGGGUAAUCUAGGCAGCUGUGAUGUUGUCAUUUUAAGUCAGUGGGUUUUAGUACCAGCAGAUUGCAUACAUAUAGUUUUAUCAGACAAUGGUUGUGACAAGUGCAUUUGUUCUCUCUCUUCUUCUCUGAGAGUAGUAAUGUUAUCUCAGUAGUAAGCAAAGCCCAGUGAAAAUCAUAUAUCUAAAGUGUAUGAAAAGCCAGAAAAGUAAUGUUUGCUAUCAGCAUAUUGGAAAGUGCUUGGCUAUUGUAUUUUGCAGGACUGUAUUUGUUUUCAUGGUGAAGAGUAUAUUUAUUGGCCAGCAGUUGUCUCAAUUGGUGCCUAGUUGAACAUUCUUCUGUGAAAACACAGAGACACUUGCUUGUUUGUCUUUUCCUAACCCACCUACUGUCACAUAACCCCACCCACCCCCACCCUCCAAAGUACCAGUUCUGGUGCUUGCAAGGAUGUUUACAAUGUCUUCAUUUUCUUUCUGUGUGAGAAGUUCAGAACUCUUCCCACUCCUCCUCUUCCUCUCCUCCUUUCUCCUUCCCUUCAGGAGUUUGUGUAAAGUGUACAUUAUCAUGGUUCUUUUUUAUACAAUACUCUGUAACUUGCCUUUGUAAAUUUGGGCUG